AACGUAAGGACGUAUUCUGGUUUCCUAGAAACUACCUAGUAUGCUUCUAAAAUACACCGCUGCAGAUGUCUAAAUGUUUUGCUAGCAGGAUCUCUUUUCUCCCCAAGACUUAGCAGUUUUGUUGAGACUUCUGACACCCACCAACAGAACUGUAGGAUCGCAACGUGGCUGUUUUUGCAAACUCGUUGUUUCAAUGGUUUCUGCUAAAAACGCCAGUAAGCAUCCUGAAGAAAGUUCAAGACGGGUCAUUGCAAACGAAUUUCGGUAUGAUGUCCUUACAUGCUACUCCGUGGCUGUAUGUGUUGCUGCAGUCUACAUAAAAACCCUACACCCUUCAGUGGCUGGUGGAGAUUCAGGGGAACUGAUCACAGCUUCAUAUGAGCUUGGAGUGGCACACCCUCCUGGAUAUCCUUUGUUUACUCUUUUGGCUACGCUGGCAAUUAAAGCAUUUCCACUAGGAUCUGUUGCAUAUCGUGUGAAUUUACUCAGUGGCUUGCUUGGGGCUGCUGCAGCAUCUCUUCUGUACUACACAGCUUACAGACUUUCCAGUUCACAUGCUGGAGGGAUCCUUGCUGCCGGGGUGUUUGCAUUUUCUCGAUUAACAUGGCAGUGGUCCAUCGCAGCAGAGGUUUUCAGCUUAAACAAUCUGUUUGUGAGUUUACUAAUGGCUCUCACUGUGUGUUUUGGAAAAGCAAGCACAGCAGAAGAAAGAGCAAAAAUUUCGAAAUUGGGAGCUUUUUGCUGUGGCCUUAGUCUCUGCAAUCAACACACCAUUGUUCUAUAUGUGCUAUGCAUUAUUCCAUGGGUCCUUUUCCAAUUUUUCAGACUUUCGGAAGUAUCUGUGAAACUUUUGAUGAAACUUGGGUUAAGCUUUGCUGCUGGAUUUUUGCCAUAUCUAUAUCUGCCUACCUCAUCCUAUUUAAAUCAUGCCCGCUGGACCUGGGGAGAUCAGACUACAGUCAGAGGCUUUCUGACCCACUUUUUCAGGGAGGAAUAUGGAACAUUUAGUCUGGCUAAGUCACAAAUGGGCCCUGGGAUGAUGAAAACACUUGCCUUUCAGGUUGUACACAUGAAGAAUGAGAUUGGAAUUGUAAUACAGUUGCUUGCACUUACAGCUGUUCUGCUACAUGCUUUCAGAAGAGAUAACCUGAGGAGAUCCUUGACUUGGUUAUUUACUAUGAUGCUGUUGAUUUACCUGCUGUUCUUUGGUUGGAGGGCAAAUUUAGACUUCAGCAAGCCCCUUUUCUUGGGAGUGAUUGAAAGAUUCUGGAUGCAGAGCAAUGCAGUGAUUUCUGUUCUGGCUGGAUUGGGACUGGCUUCAAUGACAUCUCUUCUUCAAAGCAUAUGUGGGAAUAAGACUGUCCUUCAGUAUAUAGAAUGGAUAUUCACUGUUGUUUUUAUUACAUAUCUGGUUCGCCUGAAUUACAGCAUCUGUGACCAAAGCAACAAUUAUGUGGUCGAUACAUUUGCAAAGAAUUUAUUAUUUUCCAUGCCUCACAAUGCUAUAAUAUUGCUGAGAGGUGAUUUAACUGGUAAUGCCAUCCGUUAUCAUCAUUAUUGUGAAGGACUAAGACCUGAUGUCGCUUUAGUGGACCAAGAGAUGAUGACCUAUCAUUGGUACUUGCCAAUGACAGCAAAGCACAUACCAGGCAUCUCUUUCCCUGGGAACAGAUGGAAUCCUAUGGAAGGAAUAUUUCUGGAUGGAUCUGUUACCUUUAGUCUUCUUCACUUUCUUGAAGUAAACAAACACAGAGAUGUUUUUGCUUGUAUAGGACUCCAUGAAGGAGACACAACUUGGCAAAAUAAUUAUUCACUUUGGCCUUGGGGAUCAUGCGAGAAAUUAGUCCCAUUAAGGAACGUUUUUAAGCCUGAAGGAUGGAUGAGAAUUACAAAAAACCUGUACAACUGGACUUAUGAAUAUGGAAGUUUUCCUCCCUCUUCGUGGGAAGCUGUUGCAAAUGAGGAAAUGUGGCAAGCAAGGAUGAAGACUGCCUUUUUCAUUUUUGAGCUCGCAGAAAAAAUGAACAACAAUCAUGAAGCAAAAAGACUUUAUUCACUUGCUUAUCAACAAUAUCAGGAGCUUGUGCAUUCUGAAGAAAAAUAUCCAGUCAACUGGCACAAGAACUAUGCUUUGGCAUGUGAGAGGAUGCUUCGUCUUCACAUUUCUGAUGUGGACUCCAAAUUCCUGUUGUCAGAAGCUAUCAUGCAUUUCUUGCUCUAUCUGGAAAAGACAGACUAUGAUCCACAGAGGGAGGCAAUUGUGCAUGUGAUAGACCAUAUGAAAAGAGAACUGGCAAAGAUGCAAAAGGUUUAGCCUAGUGAAGAAAAAGAAACACUACUGGCUUUAGAAACUGGUAAAAGCAAGAAAACUGAUUUCUCUGGUAGAAUUUCAGACUGUAACAUGAAAACUGAAUUAACAAUUAUGAUUCAGUAUUUGGCACAUUUUCAGCAGGGAAGCUUGUGUUUACAGAGAUACUCAUUUUAAUAUUUAUUAUAAUAAUUGUAAAGAUUUUUUAAAUACUUUUUAUGCCAAACCAUAAAAACAUAUAUGGGUGUACAUAUUGUGCCUUUUCUUUUUUAAAUUUAAUUUAAGGUACUUGCAGUUUGGCAUAUGAAAUUCUCAUAUAUUCACUGCUGUUAUUCCUUUGUCUUUUUUCUAUUAGUACGGUAUCUGUUUUGCCUAUUGACUUUAAAAAUAUUGUAUUCUGGUGCUCAGGUAUCAUACUAAAACCAUUUCCCUGACUAACAUUAAAGUGAAGUGGUUCUUAUGUUCAACAAGCUUUACAUUUUUUAUCUGCAUCUUACAAUCAUGUCCUGUUUUAGAAGAUGAAGAAACAUGCUGCUCAUGUUAAAUUAUUAAGAUCUAAAUGGUAGUUUUAAUUCUACUAAGUUCAAUGGAAUCAUUAAAUUAAGUAAACAUCUUUUAAAUGUAAAACAAAAUGUGCAUGGUAAUAACUGCAAUGUUAUAGUUAUAAAAAUGUCUUUUAUUUGGUUAA